UGGUGGGGAGGAGGAGGGUGGGUGCACCUGCUGUCCCGCGCCUCGCUGCAGUGAGAUUUGGAUCGCAACACAGCUCGGAGCGGAACACCUGCCGUCCAAGCCACACGCUUCCCAGGGCGGGGGUCCACAAAAGAACACGACAUCCGGCAACGAUGCCCCGUCCGAGCGGCGGAGGCGGCAGGUGCACCGGCACCCUUUUCUCGGCGUGCCUUCUCUCCGUGUGUCAAGCCCUGCGGAGCUGCGGGGAGGUUCAGUGCGCCGAUGGCCAACAGUGCUGCACGGCAAUCGUCGCCGGGAACGGGAGCGGCGCCGGAGGUGGCGGCGGUGGUGGAGGAGGAGGAGUCGGAGGCUCAAUGGUUCGUUGCUGUAAGCUCCCGAUGCACAUCUUCUUCGACAACGUGGGCUGGUUCACGCGGAAGUUGUCGGGCAUCCUUAUUCUGUUGCUGCUCUUCGCCAUGGGCUACUUCAUCCAGCGGAUUGUGUGCCCGAGACCGCGCCGCCACCCGCACCAGGACCGCGGGGAGGAGCCCUCGUUCUUCCACGGCCACGCGUCCGCCUCCCAAGACUCCCUGCUGGACCGCUACCCAGAGUGCAACCCGGUGGACUUCGCCUCGCCCAACUUGCCAGCCUACGACGAGGUCAAAUAUUUGCCCACGUACGAGGAGAGCAUGCAGGAGAUGCAUCGGGACCGCUCCGACGACAACUUGUUGGCCGAAAUCGAGACGAGCGGUCCGGGCAGAGGAAGGGCGGCCGGGGCGGAGGCUGGAGAGCACACACUGGAUGUUCUGGAGGGGUCGGGAGGGCAGCAGCCCAGCCCAAGGACAUCUCGGAACUCUGUCUGACGGAAACCACGUGCAUUAAGACAAUAUCCUGUUAUUAUUUUUAUUUGAAUUUUACUCUCAAGUGCAAUUUUAACACCGAAUGUUGACAAUAAAAAGAGAGACAACAAUUGCCUUUUGUAUGCAAAUGAGCGCCUGGGUUAUGUAAAAUAAAGAUAGAAAUGAUGCUCUUUGUGUUGAGACAAGCAAGUUUAAACCAUUAAUUGUGGAUGUUGACAAAAUUAGACCAAAAUUUGCAGAAAUCAAUCAACUUCAAUUUCGCUUAAAACUGCCGUCUACUAACAUGAAGACUUCAGAGUCUCCUGUGUCUUAUCCAGGAAGAAAGAGGAGGGGAGGAAGUGGGCGAGCAAGAACCAUCAUUCAUUCUGCAAGCAUUGCUGCCUAAUGAAAUAUGAGGUGACCUUUUUGCAACAAUCCCAAAACUACUCUUGACGCCGCAUACAUCACAGCGCUGUGAUUUAUGUCCUGCUUACGUGGAUUAAAUAAGCAGAAUGCCAUUUACUUAGUGAGUUAAAAAAAAAAAAAAAAAAGGUUUUCUCCUUUAGAGCAUUUCACAAUUCGAGGCCAGUCCGGUUUCUUUUUCAAAAGUGUGCAAAGCGGAGCGUGAUGGCGGUGGCUCAUGUAAUCCAACACUGGCCGACCAUGACUGAUGGCCUUGCUCCGCCAGAGAGAAAUCUGUGGGUGGAUGGGGUUAGCACUUAGAAGCACAAAUCCAUGUUUAGAACCCACUUAAGGGCCAGAUGAGAGGGGGAGUAACCCUCCCCACCAGCACCACCACCACCACGGCCCAAGAGAAAGUGGUCAUUUUACGAGGCUUAAGAGGUGUGAACGCUGAGUGACUUUCUAACAUGUGAGACGACAUGAGCGUUCUCAAGUAGCUUACAUGAAAUUUUAACAGAGGGUCAUAUAAAACGGACAUCUUCCCAUGGCAGCACUGGGGCAGGGUUGAGUCUUCAUUUUCCACAAAUAAAUGUCAAAUAUGGAGAGAGGCACAAGAACAUAAAUA